AUGAAGCUUGUGUCAAGGUCGCUUGCAACGGCAGCUAAAGCAAAGCCUCAAUUCAACGUCUUUGAUAGGUCUACCAAACUUUUACAAAGGUCUAGGACCCCCAGACUCGAUCCUGAGUUUUCACGAAAGAAGGAGUACUUGAGAGAUGACAUUGCUGUGAAAACGAUUGAGCGAUUGGCUUUCAUUACGAGGCAGUUUGACAGGACAUUGGAUUUUGGAAGCCAUGGAGGAAACUUUUUAAAACAGCUUUGCUCAAGAAGUCAUGUUCCGCAAGGAUUGGAGAGCGACGAGAUAGAGCAAAAGAUGAUUGAACAGUUGAAUAAUGACAAAAAGUUGGUACGAGAUAAAAUCAAGGAGCUUGUGAUGUUUGAUUCAUCGAAAGAAUUGUUGUACAGAGAUGAAGGAGAAAAGCUUGACUAUGAAUUUGCGGGAAGAAUUGAAAGAGUUGUAGGCGACGAGGAAAAGUUUGACCACGAGAUACUAAAAGAGUCUGAUGCGUUUGAUUUGGUGAUUUCCAAUCUAAGUUUGCAUUGGAUCAAUGACCUACCUCAAAGUUUGGCAAAUAUAAACAGAAUACUAAAACCUGACGGAUUAUUCAUGGGCACUCUUUUUGGGGGAGAUACCUUAUACGAGCUACGCACAUCUUUGCAGUUGGCAGAGCUUGAAAGGAAAGGAGGGAUUUCUCCUCGGGUCUCUCCAUUAGUUCGUUUGAACGAUGUCGGUUCCCUUUUGAACAAAGCGGGAUUUAGCUUGUUGACAAUUGACUCUGAGGAUAUUGUUGUUGGGGGAUUUCCCAAUAUAACAGCCGUAUGUGAGGAUCUACAAGCGAUGGGAGAACAAAAUGCGGUUCUAUCCCGUGCAAGCAAUUUGCCAAAAGAUGUAUUGUUGGCUGCUAAUGAAAUAUACAAGAGCUUGCAUGGAGAAGUGCAACCUAAUGGAGACGUACUUCUCCCCGCCACAUUCAAUGUCAUAUUUAUGAUUGGCUGGAAAAAGAGCGAAACGCAACCGCAACCAUUGCAAAGGGGGUCAGCAGAGGUUAACUUGAAGGAUGUUUUGCAAUAA